AUGGUGGGGGUGUACGGUGUCACGGUCGUCCACCGUAACACCAAGGGUUUCAACCCCGAGACACUGUGGAAGAAGGAUAAACACUACUGCGGCUCUGUGUUACAAUGUGUGAAAGCAUUGGAGCAAGGAUCCAGGAUGAUCACACCAGAUUUUGCUGCCAUCAAAGACACACAUAUCCUCGGCAUUGAGGAAGGUCCAGUCUGA